UCAGGUGAUGUGCUUUGCUUCGGCGUUUUUUUGGGCUUUUCUUUUUAUCAUCGUCAUUGUCGAUCUACUUGCAAUUUUUUGACGUAAAUAAUCGCUUCGGCGCUCGGAACAUGCUCGAAUCAAGCAACGAUUCCAACAAGCAGCAGCCAUCCACCUAGUGCGCUACUGCGCUGAUACAGUCGACGCCUAAGCCCAAAAUCCUAUCGACGAAUACUACCAACCGACGAACUUCUCAACUGUCAAAAGGUGCCGCUCUUGCUGCUGCCAUACAUUCGCUGAAAAAAAUACUCACUACAGGUGUUGCGAAACAUUAAAGUCAAAGAGAACAUCCAGGUGAGAGCAAUCAAAAAAGAAGAGAUGGGAAAUUCGGCGCUAAAACAGCAGUACGAUACUGCAAGUAAGACGGGAGUUUUAAAUUUGUCGAGUAAAAAAUUAGACGAGUUUCCGCAGGGAUUAAAAGCGCUGCAUUCCGCGCUGAGGAUAUUGGACCUGUCGGUUAAUAAAUUCGGUAAAUUACCAAAUGAAAUCGGGGAGUUUGUUGCUCUGAAAAAUUUAAACGUCAGUCACAACAAACUUUCCACCCUACCAGACGUCCUCGGUGAACUUCGGAAACUAGAAAACUUGAACGCAAGUUGCAAUCAGCUUCGCUCACUUCCGAUGUCCAUGUCAAAGUUGACGCUGUUGAAACAAGUCAAUCUUUCGGACAAUCAGAUAGCAGAAUUCCCUGCAAUGUUGAGCGAUCUGAAACACCUUGAUCUUCUAGAUCUAUCAAAAAAUAAGUUAAGUCUGAUACCGGACGAAUCUUCCGGCCUUCAUGUGAUCGAAUUGAACCUGAACCAGAAUCAGAUAUCCUCGAUUUCCGAAAAGCUCGCCGAUUGUCCGCGUCUCAAGACCUUGCGCCUAGAAGAAAACUGCCUUCAAUUAAACUCGAUUCCCGCGCGAAUUUUAAAGGACUCCAAAGUUUCGACGCUCGGACUUGAGGGAAAUUUAUUCGCUAUGAAAGAAUUUGCCUCUCUUGAAUUCUAUGACCAGUAUAUGGAAAGGUAUACCGCUGUCAAAAAGAAAAUGUUCUAAAAACAGAUGUGUAGAUUAAUUUGUCAAGGUGCAUGAUAGCGAAGGUUGGAGAAAAGAAAUCGGGGAUCUUUUUCGUUAAUCCGAGGACCGAAACUCGACGAGGAACAUCCGUCACACACAUGACGGGUGGGUUUCCGAGAUCCUCGGAAUAACAAAAAAGAUCCAAAUGAUAAUCUGUUGUGAGUCGGCGUUCACUUUGAACGUUAUCGGCCAGCAAGAAUAACUUCGCCACUGAAUGUAUCAUUUUUGUAAAUUUUUACUCACAUUUAUAACUACAUGUACUGCAAAAUGCCUUAAUGUGAUUUUAUCAUUAUUAACAAAAGCAUUGACUGAAGAUACUUAUUUUCGUUAACGAAAAGAGUGUCAUAACAUCAAUUUGUCAAGUACGAUACGUAAUUUUCAUAGCACAAUCCUGAAAUGACCAAAAAUAUUUAUUACAGCAAUUUGUAAAGUUGAUAUUGGGUACACGCAUAGAUCAAUCGAGCUGUGUACUUAUGUUAUAUGUGAGUUGAAUGCAAAUUCGUCGUGAAGACUUUAUGAUUAACUUCUGUUGUGUUUCACUCUGCGAGUAAUAAAAUCUUACAAUUAGAAUAAGCACGCACUUAUCACUCGUAUAUGAAAUAUAAUAUAUAUGAUUCGAGUCCUAGAGUAAAUUUUCAAUAAAAUGCAAUAUUUAUUUUACUACUA